ACCCGCGCUCUCCAUCCAACCUGCCCAUUUCCACUCACCACUCCAACACUUCAACUUUACCACCACACCAACCUCACAAUGCCCCCCAAGGCCGCCCAGAAGACCCCCCAGACCGGCGGCAAGGCCCCGGCUGGCAAGGCGCCUGCUGAGAAGAAGGAGGCCGGCAAGAAGACUGCCGCGCCCUCUGGCGAGAAGAAGAAGCGCACCAAGACCAGAAAGGAGACCUACUCUUCGUACAUCUACAAGGUUCUCAAGCAGGUCCACCCCGACACUGGUAUCUCCAACCGCGCCAUGAGCAUCCUGAACUCCUUCGUCAACGACAUCUUCGAGCGCGUCGCCACCGAGGCCUCCAAGCUUGCUGCCUACAACAAGAAGUCCACCAUCUCAUCACGCGAGAUCCAGACCUCUGUCCGACUUAUCCUGCCUGGUGAGCUUGCCAAGCACGCCGUGUCUGAGGGUACCAAGGCCGUUACCAAGUACUCUUCGUCCACGAAAUAAGUGCUUUGCUUGAUGGGUCUUUUAUUUGGGUUUAUUUGCUUGUCCAUUGGUCAAGAUGGUUAUGGGGUGCGGUGUUCAUGGGUCAUUUUCUAAUGUGAUCAUGGGUCGGUUUGCUUGUUCUCGCAUCAUCGUCAGGAUUUGACUGCGAACCAUCUGGGUCUGUAUUAUACCAUAGCAGACGGACGAAUCAAUUCU